AAGGAAGCAGUCGCGGUGCGUGCGCAGGCCGGGAACAGGCCGGGACUCGGUUUCUCCCUCGCCUGCCUUAGUCGCCCUGCUCGCCUUUGGAAACAAACUGUUUUUAAAAGCUGAGGAGUCGCACCGCUGAAUGGGGUCUGAGAGGGAUCAUCUCCUAGGUGGUGAAAUACGAAUUUCGCUAUUCAAUGCACCGCGCCACUUAAGCAUGCCUUUGUGAAGCCACUGGCAGUUUUAAUAUCUGAAGUGGGAUCCUGUUUCAUAAGCGAUUUUAAACUUCCUGGUCCUUUUAAACACCGCUAACGUGUCUCAGUAGCUUAUCAAAAUAAAAAGUUGGCUCACUGGGCAUGAAUGAAUGUGGUGUCUUCUGACUGAGCCUACAGCAGGAUGUCUUACGUGGCAAAGAAAUGUGGCAUCAAAUUAAACCCUCCCUCUAUUGUUUUAAUCUAUGAAGAUCAGCUCAGGAAUAAUAUACGCAAGCGCAUCAUGCCUAUCCGGAAUUUCUCCAAGUUCUCAGAUUGCAGCAGGGCAGCAGAACAGCUAAAGAAUAAUCCUCGGCACAAGACUUAUUUAGAAGGUGUCUCAAUGGAACAGCUACAAAAAUUACACAAUUUGCUGAGAUGCCAGUUGGGGGGACAAAAUAUGACUCAAAGUCUGGAGCAAAUUCAGCGGGAAGAAACAAUUGACCCAGAAGAGGACCUGAACAAACUAGAUGACAAGGAGCUAGCCAAAAGGAAAGAAAUUAUGGAUGCACUGUUUGAAAAGAACAGAAAAAAGAAAGAUGACCCUGAUUUUGUCUACAAUGUAGAGGUGAAGUUCCCACAAGAAGAGCUUGAAGCCUGUGAGUGGGAUGAUGAAUCAGAUGAUGAGUUUUGAUCCAUAAUCAAGCCGUGGAUUGAUGAAUCUUCUCAUAUUGGGAAUAUAUAUCUCAUGCCUCUUCAUAUUUUAGAAGCCAAACUUGAGUAAUCAGUCAGCUGCUACAUUUUAUACUGUGAAAUUAGAUCAAGACUUACAUUUUUUUUAAAAAAAAUGUAAACAUGUUAAUGAAAAAUUGUUUGGAGGUGCUUGAUGAAAAAGAUACAACCAGACUCAAAAGAGUUUUAUAUAGACUGUAUGCUAGUUCUUUGCCAUUGUAAAUAAAGCAAUGGAUCUACUUCAGUGCUUCACAUUGCAGCAUUAACUUUGCAAAAAAAUUAACUCUGCAAGUAAUUGAUGUCUUAUUGAUUGUUUUGCGAUGUUGUUUAAUUACCGGAGGUGCCAGUUUGUCCGUUAAACUUCCAAACUUUCAGUUACCUCUCUCACUUUCUAAAAUUGCAUCAGAAUAUGAGCUACAAUAUUUGAUAGUUGCAAUAUUACUGUUUCACACUAAAAUGAUACAGUUAUUUAUUUAUUUAUUUUAAAUUGCUUUUGGGGAAUCACAAUGAAACCAUUUAUGUUUAAAUAUGCAGGGCUGUGUUGAAACUAAUGCUCUUAAGUUAUUGUUAACAUGGGGUUUGGGGAGUGUGAUAAAUAACGGCUUAGAAGUCAAAUUAACAAGCAGUCCUAAAGCCAGCUGAGAGGCCAUUAGAAACAUUAAGCAGCAUUCUGCUAGCAAAGAGGGAGUCCUUACUACACUAGCAGAAAGCACUGCUAGCAUAUAAAAGUAAUAGGGGAGGAGGCAGGGAAAAAACCUGCUCUCCCCCUUUCUACCCCGAUUGGAGCGAAGGAAGUGAUUAUUCUUUUGCCACAGAAUCAAACAGACACUAACUUAGGAUUGUUCUGUUUCAGUUAGUCUUUCAUGUGGUGCUAAUAAUGGAUGCUUUAUUGUGAGACUAAAUUGAUAUGCUUUCUGUUUCCAUUUUUAUGUAGUCAAACCUGAAGAAACAACUGUCCAAUAAAGUAAUUUUGAAUAGCUGAAAGAGCCGAUAAUGUUGACAGAAUUAAAUGAUGUCUAAUAACAAGAAUGACAGGUGUAUGAAAUGAUGGCAGCAAUAGACAGCUUUUUAGAAAAGGUUCUUGAGUCUCCCUAAAGAAUGUGUUACCCAUUGUAGUUUUUUCUAAGGGCCCUACAGGUGGGCUACUGAAUAGUGUAAUAAAUGUGCACUAGUUUUCCAUUCUCAGUUUCACCUCCAUAGCACAAUGUGAAACUGAUUUGAGUUUCACCUCAUUUGCACAAUGUGAAACUGAUAAGGCACUUCUGAUGCUUCACCACUACAGUUCUCUUGUUUAUUGACCCUGUUGUGGGUCCCAUUCUGUAGAAUUUUAACCCAGUUUGGGAAUGGGUGUGUGUAUGUGAGUUGGGCUCAGAGAAUACAUGAAGACACUACAAUUUAGAUAGAUAGAUAGAUAGAUAGAUAGAUAGAUAGAUAGAUAGAUAGAUAGAUAUGUAAAUUCAAAAAUGUACCCCAAGACACAUGUAUGCAAACUAUAAAUUUCAAACAUAUAUAAAAUUUGGUCUCCGGAGGGCAAUAUUUUAUUACUUAACUACUCACUUUUUGGCAAAUUUCUUCACUUUGCAGGAAUCUCAGAACAUUUAAAAGUAUCUCUCCAGGCAGAGAGCAGCUUAGGAAUAAGUUGUAUUGUUCCUUGGACACUUUACAGUCUCUAGUGUUUGGGAAAGUAUUAAAGCUGAUUAAUUGGAAUUAUUUAUUUAUUUUUAUUUACUUGACAGGAGGCC